AUGGCCGACUAUGCUGUUUCCGACUACAAUGGAGACUCAGGUUGUAUAUUCCUGAGGGAAGGUGUGGGAUCAUCGAGCGAUAUUCCCACCAACACCUUUGCUAUUCAGUUCUUUUAUCCACCAACCUCACAACCUUGUCCUUGGGACUUUGUGAAGCCUGGUCGAGAAAUCGCCGACGCCCGACAAGAUAUCGCUCAGGACCUUGUGGGUGGUUGGAUGUCCAAGUGUGUUAACGAACAUACGACCUGCCAUAGACCCGUUUCCUCGUUACCGACACGAGUCAUCGAUGUCGGCAAAACGUCUGAAGAUAAAGUGUCUCUUCACAUAUCGUCUGGAUGCAUGGGCCAGUAUGCAGCCUUGAGUCACUGUUGGGGCACACAUAUGCCUUUGCAGACGACUAGAAAGAACCUGGAGGAACAUUGUUCCUCUAUAGCAAUGACCAGGCUCCCCCAGACCUUUAGAGACUCUGUAGAACUCUGCAGGAUGCUAAAUAUCCGGUUCUUAUGGAUCGAUAGUCUGUGCAUCAUACAAGACGACCCUGACGAUUGGGAAGCCGAAGUCUCUCGGAUGGGAAAAGUGUACUAUGACGCACAUCUAGUGUUGGCAGCCUCACAAGCGAAGGACUCCUCUGGUGGACUGUUCAACAAAUUAGGAGAAUCCGUGCAUCAAUCUAUGCACGUUGGCACGGUACACGACUCUUCUGGAGCCGAGAGUAAGAUCCACGUCAAUGUAACCCCCAUUGGCAACAAUAUUAUGUUGCAUUGGCACAGUAUGGCACUCUUAAACUCGCCAUUGGCAUGCAGGGCAUGGGCACUGCAAGAACAUAUUCUAGCAAGCAAGAUUGUACACUUUACACGCACAGAAAUAUACUGGGAAUGCAGUUCUACCGUCGCUUGUGAAUGCAUGAUCAUGGAUCAUUCCCAAGCUGAGAGUGAGUGCAUCCGCCGAGAAAGAAUUUUCAGGCCACACAGUACCAAGGAAGAAUAUCUGGAAGGUCCUUUCAGUCAUAGUAUUCCAGAAAGUUCCAGUCUUUUGUGGUUAGAGUUACUUUCAAAGUACUUCUCGCGACAUACCACUUACGAAUCGGAUCGAUUACCGGCUAUAGCUGGGCUCGCAUCGUACUUGAAAUCACACGGGGCUAGCGAGUACAUUGGCGGACUCUGGAAGAAAGACCUGGCUCGGUCACUAUUAUGGACAGCUAUACCGACAGUCCGACGUGAUCCUCGUCGUGUCAAUGGAUCCCCAACGUGGUCCCCGUUUUGUGCAGAUCUGAGUAAAAACACACAGAAACAAACGACGAUUAGUUUCGGAUGGAGCGGUGGCCACGACAUCUAUCCUUUUGAGCUCAAAUACUUCAUUCAUGACAUCGAUGUGCACUGUACCCCGUCUCGUCCUGACCCUUUCGGCAGGAUCAGCUCCGGCAUGCUUCGACUUCGAGGUAAAACACUCCCGAUUCGCUCCCUUGAUCACGGUGAUCGUGUGACAUUUGCACGACUUGGACAUAAUGACACAUCAAUGGUUGUGUAUUGGGAUGUUGACCCGCAUGAGGUAGACAAAGACCGCUUAUAUUUCCUAUUAGUCGCACAGCGCACAGAUCGACCCGAGACACGAGGCUUGUUACUCCAGAGUUGUAUUGGUGAGGAGUUGACGUAUCAGAGGGUUGCGAUCGCAUGCCAGAAUCCAGACGGAGCUGAAGAGAUGGCGGCAGCGUUUGACGGAGUCAAUGAGACAGAGCUUACCAUUAUCUGA